AUGGCUCCCCUUGAAGAAGACCGAAGUCAGGAAGAAGAUGAAGAGGAAGAGGAAUCUCGAAUUAGACUGCAUCAAAUCAUCGUCCAUCUGAGUCACUGGUUCUAUAAACGCUGUCAUAGUGAUCAGCGACGUGACUGCGAAUUCCACCACCAGUGCCUAAGGUCAUCCUCCCCCACAACCACUGAGGCAGCUGUCGAGGAAGCCUUCAGAUGGUUCGGCGCGAACGAACAUGCCUUCGCCGUAUCUAAGCUCCAAGAGCUACUCAACGAGAGCAAGGGACUCGAUUGUAAAUUCGAGUUUGCCACCUUGGUUCUUUCUGCGAAGUACCCAAACCAGGUGCCAUUCUACUCACCGGAACUGCAAAAUUGCAUCGCCAGGGAGUUGAACGAUCCCGUGGCCGACAAAGACAAGUGGGGAAAGGGAGAGUGCGCUCGGAAGUACGCCCUUUUCCAGUCUAGCUGUCAUUCAGUAGUGGGGAACGUUCACGAUCCAGGGUACAGAUCUUCCUUUCAAGAUGUCGAGAAGGUAGCGUAUGUGUUGGACCACUGGAGUGUCCUGAAAGACACCUACAUUGACGGCCUGGUCACUGAAAAUGACGAGAAGGAAGAAAUAGCGAGUGCCGGUAGCAAACUCGUUCGCAGGUUUUCAAGACGCUCGGAACACAAGCCGCUCCCCGCAACUUUUGCCGUGAAAAGCUUUUCAGAGUUUGAAAGCGUUGCCGUCAAAUAUCUGAGUGAGAUUCGAAUUCUAGCCACCAAGAACAUGCAGAAGAGCCAUGUUGUUGCAUAUUACGGUUGGUCUUUUUGGAACGGCCAUAUCCACAUCGCUAUGCAGCUGAUGUGCAAAGAUCUGGAGGACCUACUGACGCGAAGGAAAAGGCCCAUGAGUUGGAUGAAAGCAGUCCAAAAAUGGGAGAAUACGGAGAAACAGAAAAUUCAGAGCCCGCUGGUACAGUUACUAGAGGGCUUGUGUGCCUUACAUGCUGAGGGAAUCACGCACCGGGAUCUCAAACCACGGAAUAUACUGCUCGACUGUGAGAACAAUGUGAAGAUCGCGGAUUUCGGCGUCUCCAAACAGGCCCGUGAUCGCGUGCAAACCACAAUGGCUACGAAUACCGGCACAACUGGGUACACAGCGCCUGAAGUUCUCCUAUCCGGAAGCAAAUUCCACGGCAACUAUACUUCGAAGGCGGAUCUCUGGUCGCUGGGAUGUGUCGUAUAUAGGAUGAUCAAGGGGGAACAAAUCUUAGAGCACGACGAUGAGACGAAAAGAGAAGCUGAGAACAAAGUCAAAGGCUUAGCUGAGAAGGAUUGGGAAGAAUUUCCGAGCCCAGAGGCAGGCUUGUUGCAAAAGCUGCUUUGCAUCGAUCCGGAGAAGAGGUCGGACGCCGAGUGUGCACUGAAAAGCUACAGGAAGUCGAGGAAAUUGUGA